AUGGCCAGAGCAUCAGCCGCUGCCGGCCCCUCGACACCGAGGAAGAAGACGAAAAAGCGUGCCGCCGAAGAUGGUACGCCCGCCGCCAAGAAGACCAAGGCGCCCCGGAUAGACGACGAAGAAGCUCAGGAGGAGCCGGCCCAGAACGACGAUCCGAUGGCCGCGCUUGAGGAGGCGCAGAAGGACCCGAUGGAGACACUCGAUGAGAACCUCAAAGGAGAGACCAGCGAGGACGGACCUGUCGAGGAGUCCAAGGACGGGCAUAUUCCGGGACAGGCUCCCGUGCGAGCAGACGAGUACGAGCUCAAGGCGGAGCGUGAGGUCGACGCCAGCAAGGGGCUGGGCGGUGGUCACGCUGCGGAUGAGGGCAAGCUGAAGCUUGUUCAUGAAGUCAGACAUCAGGUCGCCAUCCCUCCCGGCUUCCCGUACGUUCCGAUCUCGCAGCACAAGCGUCUCGACCCGCCGGCGAGGACGUACAAGUUCGAGCUCGACCCGUUCCAGUAUGUCGCCACCUCGUGUAUUGAGCGCAGCGAGACUGUUCUGGUGUCUGCGCACACGUCUGCCGGUAAGACCGUCGUCGCCGAGUUUGCCAUCGCCACCGCCCUCAAGUCGGGCAUGCGUGUUGUCUACACGAGUCCCAUCAAGAAGUUCCGUGACUUCCAGGAGGACUUUGGACAGGAGAAUGUCGGUCUCAUGACUGGUGAUGUGACGAUCAACCCGACUGCAUCGUGUCUCGUCAUGACGACGGAGGUCAUGCGUGAGGUCGGAUGGGUUAUCUUCGACGAGGUGCACUACAUGCGCGACAAAGAGCGUGGUGUCGUGUGGGAGGAGACGCUGAUCCUGCUCCCGCACAAGGUGCGCUGUGUGUUCCUGUCCGCCACUAUUCCCAACUCUAUGGAGUUUGCCGAGUGGUGGUGCCAGACGCACGAGCAGCCGUGUCACAUCGUCUACACCGACUUCCGACCGACACCGCUGCAGCACUACCUCUUCCCCGCUGGCUCCGAGGGCAUCUACCUCGUCGUGGACGAGCGAUCGAACUUCCGCGAGGAUAACUUCCAGAAGGCGAUGGCUGCGCUCGCUGCUGGUCAGGGAGAAGACCCCGCCGACCCGAACUCUGGACGCAACAAGAAGGGCAAGACGAAGAAGGGAGGCGCCAUGAAGGGCGGAGUGUCCGACAUCUACAAGAUCGUCAAGCUGAUCAUGAGCCGCAACUUGAACCCCGUCAUCAUCUUCGCCUUCUCGAAGCGCGAGUGCGAGGCGCUUGCCAUGCAGAUGUCUAAGCUCGACUUCAACACUGAGGACGAGGCCGCCACUGUCCAGCAGGUGUUCGAGAACGCCAUCGGCGCUCUGUCUGAGGACGACCGCAAGCUGCCGCAGAUUGAGCAGAUUCUUCCUCUUCUCAAGCGCGGAAUCGGAAUCCACCACGGUGGUCUUCUCCCCAUCCUGAAGGAGGUCAUCGAGAUUCUCUUCCAGGAGGGUCUUCUCAAGGCGCUGUUCGCCACCGAGACCUUCUCCAUCGGUCUCAACAUGCCUGCCAAGACUGUCGUGUUCACCUCGGUCCGCAAGUUCGAUGGCAAGGAGUUCCGUACUCUGUCCGGAGGAGAGUACAUCCAGAUGUCUGGUCGUGCCGGUCGUCGUGGUCUCGACGCGCGUGGUAUCGUCAUCAUGAUGUGUGAUGAGAAGAUCGAGCCCGAGGCCGCCAAGGGUAUGGUCAAGGGCCAGGCAGACCGCCUCGACUCUGCCUUCCAUCUCGGCUACAACAUGAUCAUCAAUCUUAUGCGUGUCGAAGGUAUCAGCCCGGAGUACAUGCUCGAGCGCUGCUUCUACCAGUUCCAGAACAGCCUGUCCGUACCUGUGCUCGAGAAGCAACUCAAGGCUGCCGAGGAGGAGCGCGACGAGAUCAAGAUCGAGGACGAGGACGACAUUGCCGAGUACUACGACCUCCGCGACCAGCUGAAGGUGCUUGAGGGCGACUUCAAGUCUGUCAUCACGCACCCGCAGUAUGUCCUGCCGUUCAUGCAGCCCGGCCGUAUGGUCGAGAUUCGUGACGGCGGCCGCGAUUUUGGCUGGGCCGUUGUUGUUGGCUACAACAAGGUCGUCAACCCCAAGGGACGCCCGCCAAUUGUUACCGAGAAUGACCCGCCGCAGAAGGGUUAUGUCAUCGACGUCCUUGUCAAGGUCGCCUCAGGAUCGCAGGUUCCUCGCGACAAGAACGCCGAGGGCAUCCAGCCCCCCGGGCCCGGUGACAACGGCGAGACCGCCAUCAUCGGUGUUCUCCUCUCCACUGUCCAGGCCGUCUCCACUGUCCGUCUCCACCUGCCGAAGGACCUCCGCUCGCAGUCGGACAAGGACACUGCUUUCCGCGCUGUCAACGAGGUCAAGAAGCGUUUCCCUAAGGGCAUUGCGCUUCUCGACCCCGUCGUUAACAUGGGCAUCAAGGACGACUCUUUCAAGAAGCUUGUUAAGGACCGCAUCCAGACUUUGCCUAUCACGUCAUCUCCCGACCUUCCCCAGAAGUACGACGAGUAUGACCGCAAGCAGAAGGCGAUCGCGUCCGAGAAGUCCGAGGCGAAGGUCAAGAUUCGCGAGGAGCUCGCCGCGCCCCUGCGUGUGCUGCAGGAGACUGCCCGCCGGAUCGCCAAGGUCUCGAACGAGUCCAAGAUCCCCGUUGUCGAGGACGAGUACGUGCAGUCGUUCAAGGUCGAGAUGAUGGAGCCGGUGCUGCAGUGGUGCAAGGGUGCCUCCUUCGCCGAGCUCUGCAAGCUCACCGACGUGUAUGAGGGUAGCAUCAUCCGCUGCUUCCGCCGCCUGCAGGAGCUGCUGCGCCAGAUGGGCCAGGCCGCGAACGCGAUCGGAAACAAGGAGCUCGAGGAGAAAUUCACAAAGGCUCUCGAGAUGCUCGAGAAGCCCAACUCGAUCAUCUUCAGCCCGUCCCUGUACCUCUAA